UCAGUGAAGAAGGAGAUAAAAGAAGAAGAAUUUGAUGAUUUCCUACAAGAGUAUCUGUCUACAUUUAAGACCGUGGAAGAAAAGCCUGGACUGGAAUAUGAAUGCAAGACUGAAAUUAACCCAUCACCCACCAUGGCCAUGAAAGGAGAAAAGUAUCCACCAAUGGAAAUCAAAGAUGAAGAAGAACUUGAUUCAAGAGAAUAUGGUGACUUUGACUCUUCACCUACAAAAGACGUUCAAAGGAUCCAAUCUAACCAAAGAAGCCAAACUGAGCAAAAAAGAAACAAAGAGAGACGUCACAAACUCUCCCAGUGCAGGAAGACUUCAUACCAGGAACCUACAUCAGCAACAGGACACCAGGGAGAAACAACAUGAAUGCUCCCAGUGUUUCAAAACAUUUGCUAGACAUUUCAAUCUUGCAAUUCAUCAACAAAUACACACAGGAGAAAAACCCCAUCAGUGUUCUCAGUGUGGAAAGGCCUUCAGUCAAAUGUCAAAUCUCAAGACACACCAGAAGAUCCAUACUGGGGAAAAGUUAAAUCAGUGCAGUACUUGUGGGAAGGCCUUCAGUCAAAUGUCUACUCUCAAGAAACACCAGAUGAUCCAUACUGGGGAAAAGCCACACCAGUGCAGUACAUGUGGGAAGGCCUUCAGUCAAAUGACAAAUCUCAAGGCACACCAGAGGACCCAUACUGGAGAAAAGCCCCAUCAGUGCAGUACAUGUGGGAAGGCCUUUAGUACAUUGUCUGAUCUAAAGAAUCACCAGAACAACCAUACUGGGGAAAAGCCACACCAGUGCAGUACAUGUGGGAAGGCCUUUAAUCAAUUGUCUGUUCUCAAGACACACGAGAUGAUCCAUACUGGGGAAAAGCCACACCAGUGCAGUACAUGUGGGAAGGCCUUUAAUCAAUUGUCUUUUCUCAAGACACACCAGAGGAUCCAUACUGGGGAAAAGCCACACCAGUGCAGUACAUGUGGGAAGGCUUUUACUAACAAGACUGAUCUCAAGUCACACCAGAGGAUCCAUACUGGGGAAAAGCCACACCAGUGCAGUACAUGUGGGAAGGCCUUCAGUACAUUGUCUCAACUCAAGAAACACCAGAAGAUCCAUACCGGGGAAAAGCCACACCAGUGCAGUACAUGCGGGAAGGCCUUUAAUCAAUUGUCUGUUCUCAAGAUACACCAGAGCGUCCAUACUGGAGAGAAGCCCCAUCAGUGCAGUACAUGUGGGAAGGCCUUCAGUAAAAUGUGUAACCUCAAGACACACCAGAGGAUCCAUACUGGGGAAAAGCCAUAUCAGUGUAGUACAUGUGGGCAGGCCUUUAGUUGCAUGUCUGCUCUCAAUACACACCAGAGGAUCCAUACUGGGGAAAAGCCAUAUCAGUGUACUUCAUGUGGAAAGUGUUUCAGGGCAAGCUCCAAUUUAUCCAGCCAUCAGAUUACGCAUACUGGAGAAAAACCACAUACGUGUUCUCAGUGUGGAAAGAGCUUUAGUCAAAUGUUUUGUCUCAAGAGACACCAGAUGAUCCAUUCAAAUGGAAGUAGUGUUUGUCAAAGCUUCCUAGACUCACAGCCUAAAAGGCACCUCAUAUGAAGGCUCUGGGCUUCAGACAUGGGGGACGGGGGAACUAAAUGUCUCUCCAUUCUUCUUUAUAGGGAACUGUGUAUUUCUCCUGUUAAACAUUUCUCAUGUCAAAUGUGGAAAAGAGUCAGAGGGAACUGUUGUUUUUUUGACAAAAAAACGUGCAACUCAUAUUAAUCCUGAACAGAAAGGGGUAUCUGUAUGGGUUAAGUCAUAAAAGGAACUCACAUCUUCAGAUCUUCACAUUUACCUGUGUGCCAUUUUUAUGACUCCUAUUUCAAAUACUACGAUCAGAAAUUAUAAUCCAUAAUAACGAUGAUAACCAUUGUUAGAUUUAGGUGCUUUGUAACUUUGUAAAUAAUCGCACCAAUAGUUGUCUGCUUCUCACCAAGCUGCUUGCCGAUGGUUUUGUAACCCAUUCCAGCCUUGUG